UCAAAACUCAUUUUUGGCACCACUAUGCAUCUGCCAUAAAUUCCACCUCUCGCACUUUUGACUCCUCGCUGUCUUUACUUCGUUUCGCUGAAGGAUAAUUUGCAGAGACUUUAAUGGCCGUGAGAAAACCUGGUUUAAUUGCUCUAUUUGAUCUUGAUGACACUCUCACUGCUCCAAGGAAGGCAGCCACCCCAAGUAUGUUAGAGUUCAUCAAGGAACUCCGAAAGGUUGUUACUAUAGGAGUGGUGAGUGGAUCAGAUCUCUCUAAGAUAUCAGGGCAGCUUGGAAAGACAGUUAUGAACGACUAUGAUUAUGUAUUUUCUGAAAAUGGGCUUGUUGCUCACAAAGAUGGGAAGCUUAUCGGCACCCAGAGCUUGAAGUCAUUUCUCGGAGAUGAGAAGCUCAAGGAAUUUAUAAACUUCACACUUCAUUAUAUUGCUGACUUGGAUAUCCCCAUAAAAAGGGGAACAUUUAUAGAAUUACGAAGUGGGAUGCUUAAUGUGUCACCAAUUGGACGGAACUGCAGCCAAGAAGAAAGAGAUGAAUUUGAAAAGUAUGACAAGGUUCAUAACAUUCGCUCGAAAAUGGUAUCUGUGCUGCGUGAAAAGUUCGCUCACCUCAACCUCACAUUCUCAAUAGGAGGUCAGAUAAGCCUUGAUGUUUUCCCUCAAGGCUGGGACAAGACAUACUGUUUGAGAUACCUUGACGAGUUCAGUGAAAUUCACUUCUUUGGUGACAAAACGUACAAGGGGGGAAACGAUCAUGAGAUAUAUGAAUCAGAACGAACUGUGGGUCACACAGUUACCAGCCCGGAUGAUACAUUAAAGCAGUGUAAAGCCCUCUUCUUAGCCUGAGCUCAUGGCUAUUAUUUUGUUUCAACUCUGUGUCACAUUUGUAUUUUAUCCAUGAGAAGAAGCGCAAAAUAUAAAUUCCCAAUUGAAUGUAUUAUUUUAUGAACAAUUAAGACAUAAUGGAGAGAUAUCCAUUUAUCACAUGUAAUUGUUUAACCUCGACUCCUAUUUAUAUGCUUUUAUGAGAUUGGGAAUUUUACCAGCAGUGAGCAUGGAGACUGAAA